AUGUCAGACUUUCCAAUCGCACUUCCCAGCAAGGAGCAACACUCCAUGACACUUUCCAAGGAAGGACCUCUCUUCAUCCUUCAUCUGCAUGACAAAGAUAACCGUUUCAACACUCAAUUCUGUCGAUCUAUCCUCAAAGCGCUUGAAAUUGUUGAAGAUGCGUUCGUUUCAUCCGAGGAUCCUGUUGACAUGGCAUUAGUUACUUUGGGCAAUGAUAAAAUCUACAGCAAUGGCUUGGAUUUGAUGCAUGCUCUCAGCUAUGGUCCUUUCAUGGAUAUCUACCUUACAGUUCUUAGACGUUUAGUCACCUUCUGUAUCCCUACAGUGGCUGCCAUCAACGGCCAUGCUUUUGCCGGUGGUUGUAUGUUGGCUCUUGCUCAUGAUUACCGUGUCAUGCGUUCUGAUCGUGGAUACAUGUGCAUGAAUGAAGUGGAUCUUCCUUCUCCUCUUGCCCCUGGUAUGGCCGGCCUUUUGCGCUACAAGAUGAGCCCCAAGACCUAUCGUGAUAUGGUUUUGCAAGGCCAUCGUUUCACUGCACAACAAGCCUUGGACCAAGAGCUUGUUGAUAUUAUUUGUCCUGGAGACCAAGUAUUCGACAAGGCCAAGGAACUUGCCUUGAAGUGGGCUCCCAAGGCUAAAUCUGGCAUUGUUUACAAGCAAUUAAAAGACGAGAUGUAUUGCGAUAUCGUCAGACUUUUGAGCAUACCCUUCCAUCGUCUUGCACCCAAGAUGUAA